GUAUGCAGUAAAUUAAACAACAACAACAUGAGCCACGAGAAUUACGACCCUUCUUUCCCUGACCAGCCUGUGGUGGUCCGCUACCUCUCAAUUUGGGCUAAUCUGCCGGCCUUCCGGUCCAAGCCAACCUUCAUAUGGACCGAAGAUGGCUCGAGCCAUGCAGCCCUCAUCUACGCUCAGCUCGAUCACUCGGUGCAGUCUAUUUCUUCUCAGCUGCUCAAUGUUCCAUUACGAAGAGGCGACACGGUUCUCGUCUUAUGCUCGCCGGGGCUUCAACUCGUUGAGAUCAUCUUUGGGUGCCAAAGGGCCGGCCUUCUGAGCGUUCCCGUUUUCCCACCGGACCCUUUUUCCGGCGAAGACAGCUGUCACCAUCUCAUCAGGGCUCUCUCACAAACAAAGCCCAAAGCUGCUAUAGCUCACCCGGAUUACAUCGCAAAUGUUCGCAGAUACAUUUCUUCAUCCUUCAAUGACAAUAAGCUUGCAAAGAUGUUGCAAAAUGUCAGGUGGAUUUCCACGGAUUAUAUCAACGAUAAAAAGUUGGGCGGCCACAAUAAUGAUUUUCUGAAUCCGUGCGAACCGGACGAGGUGUAUUUGGUUCAGUACACUUCUGGCGCGACCGGAAUCCCGAAGCCGGUGCUUGUGACGGCAGGAUCGGCGGCUCACAAUGUUAGGGCGGCGAGGAAAGCCUAUGAGCUUCAUCCAAACAGCAUAGUAGUGUCGUGGCUGCCUCAGUUCCAUGACUGCGGCCUUAUGUUUCUGCUCCUGACCAUAGUUUCCGGUGCAACAUGCGUUCUUACAUCACCGGCCGGUUUUGUCAACCGGCCAAGGCUAUGGCUGGAGUUAAUUUCGGAGUUCAAGGCAACUUGCAGCCCGGUUCCGUCUUUCGCGCUGCCACUUGUGGUCAAGCGUGGAGGGAUAGAAAAAGGAACGGUUCCAAUUAAUCUACGGAGUUUAAAAAACCUGAUUAUUAUCAACGAGCCGAUUUACAGGGCGUCGGUGGAGGAAUUUGUUCGUGUAUUCAAGCCGUUUGGGUUAAACCCAUCGUGCAUAUCUCCAUCGUAUGGGUUAGCGGAGAACUGCACCUUUGUUUCAACGGCGUGGAGAUCUGCCGGCAAUGGCGGGAAUUCUUCAACGUUUCCAAACAUUCCAACUCACAAGCAGCUCCUGCCUAGCAGUGCAAGACUGGCUUCACGAUGCAGCAAUGAUGAGGAAGACAUGGACAUUGUUGUCAUCAAUGAAGAAACACAAGAGCCCGUUGAGGAUGGGAUUGAAGGAGAGAUUUGGGUUUCUUCCUCUAGCAAUGCCUCCGGUUACCUCGGUCACCCUUCCUUAACUCGCGAGAUGUUUCAAGGGAGACUCAGCAAUAAGCUGGUGAGCCGGUGCUUUGUCCGAACGGGCGACAGAGGAAUUGUCAUCGGAGAAGAGAGGUAUCUCUUUGUGACCGGCUGAUGUUCCGACGUCAUUAGGGUCCACAGCAGUCUAGAAAUCCAUCCUCAUCGCAUAGAAACAACAGCUUACAAUAGUUGUCCGAAGUUUCUCAGAGGAGGUUGCCUCGCGGCGUUCAAGAUCUCAGACGCAAUCGUGCUUGUCGCAGAGAUAUUGCAGAGAAGAGAAAAAGAUUCUGGUGUUGUACCGUUGAGGAGCUUGUGCGAAGGAAUCAAGAAGAGGGUUUUGGAGGAAGAGAAGAUCGAAAUUGCGUCGGUGGUUCUUGUCAAAAUUGGAAAUGUGCCAAAAACUACUUCGGGCAAAAUACAGAGAUGGGCAGCUAAGGAAAAGCUCGUGGGUGGAAAAAUGAGUGUUGUAAUGGAGGUUCGAUUUGGCGAUUAUGGUAGUUUUUCCGCAGAAAGAGAGCAUGAAAGUACGGGAAACUAUGAAGGGAGAGGAAGAGAAGAUAGAGAAGAGGUUUUUCUCUCUCUCUUCAGCGCUCCAACUCGUCCGCCAUUGUUGUCUCUGUUGUGA